GGGAAGGGGCGUGAGAAAUGCACUCAAAAGAGCAAAACUCCAAACGCUCCCUUGCCCGAGUGCGUGUCAUCUGCCUUCUGCCCACUUUUCCUUCACACUAACAAACCCAUCCCUCUCCAUCCAUCGAAAUGCAUUUGAUUCCAUGCUUAGAACAUCAUUAGAACUCAAACCUCGUUCAUAGGAUUAAGAUAAAUAAAACACAAAGCUAGCGGUUGCUCCAUGGCUUUCAACAACAAAACCAAGAAGGCCAGUCCCACCUUCCAAGCCAACCUCUGCACCACCCUCUUCUUCGUCGUCCUCUUCGCCAUCCCGGCCUUCUUCCUCCUCCACACUCCAACCACCACCUCCAUCUGCACCAACCUCACCGGCGGUUCCAGUAACAAGCCCUGGUCUGGCGAUCUCCGUGCUGCAGAGUUUGCUUGGAACCGCUUGGACUUCUCUGACGAUCAUGGACACCCCCAGCCGCUGGUUUCCCUGAAGAUCGCGGUCUUCUCACGGAAAUGGCCUGUGGGGACAGUCCCGGGUGGGAUGGAGCGCCACGCCCACACCCUCCACACCGCCCUCUCCCGCCGGGGACAUCGGGUCCACGUCUUCACCUCCCCAGUUCCGGGUGGAGCUGGCGUCCCGGUCCCGUCUGAGAAUGCCGGCUCGGGAGACCCGCAUCUACACUUCCAUGAGGGGGAGCCGGGCCGGUGGCGGUACAACAAGGCGUGGGAGCAGUUCGAGGAGGAGAACGCUAGGGAGCCAUUUGACGUGGUCCACUCGGAGAGUGUGGCCCUGCCCCACUAUGUUGCCAGAAAGAUCCCGAACCUUGCAGUGUCGUGGCACGGAAUCGCCCUGGAGAGCCUUCAGUCGGACAUUUAUCAGGACCUGGCACUCCGGCCUGACCAUGAGCCUAUCUCCCCGGCCUUCAACCGCAGCGUGCAGGGUGUGAUCCCCAAGGUGCUCAAUGAGAUACGGUUCUUCAAGUACUACGCCCACCACGUUGCCAUCAGUGACAGCUGCGGCGAGAUGCUGAGGGACGUGUAUCAGAUUCCGACCAAGAGGGUCCAUGUGAUCCUCAACGGAGUGGAUGAGAAUGACUUCGGAGAUGACCCCAAAAUAGGACGCUCUUUCAGGUCCAAGAUCGGGGUGCCUUCAAAUGCCACCCUCGUGCUCGGAGUCGCUGGAAGAUUGGUUAAGGACAAGGGCCACCCGUUGCUCUUCCAAGCCUUCUCAGACAUCUUCGCGAAACACUCCGAUGUGUAUUUGGUAGUCGCAGGCUCUGGCCCAUGGGAGCAACGGUACCGAGACCUCGGUCCCCACGUGAUUGUGCUCGGCUCAAUGAGCCCAUCCCAGCUGCGUGCCUUCUACAACUCGAUAGACAUCUUCCUCAACCCGACCCUCAGGCCCCAGGGGCUUGACCUCACGCUGAUGGAGGCGAUGAUGAGCGGGAAGCCCGUGAUGGCCUCGAGGUUCCCAAGCAUAAAGGGGACAGUGGUAGUGGACGCGGAGUUUGGCUUCAUGUUUGCGCCGAAUGCGCAGUCGCUCACGGAGACCAUAGACGGUGCGGUCAAGGAGGGGCCCGCCAGGCUGGCCCAGAGGGGGCGGGCCUGUAGGAAGUACGCGGCGUCCAUGUUUGCGGCUAGGAAGAUGGCCUUGGCGUACGAGAGAUUGUUCCUCUGCAUUAAGAACGAUACCUUCUGUAUUUACACAUAGAUUUUCUUUCCUUUUUUGGAUUAAAUUUUUGCGGAUAUAUUCGUCUUUGAUUCUCUUGCGGAAAUUAAAGAGACCUGAUUGAUUGAUUUUCACCCAAGAAAAAGGGAAAAAAAAUUCUAUAA